AUGUCUGGUCAUAUACAUAGACAGUACACUUUACCUGGUGUUAUGCACUAUUUACAAACAGAAUUCACAAAGAAUGAGCGUGAUAGAAUCACUUGGGAAUUAGAAAAAUCAGAAAUGAAAGCUUAUAUUAUGAAACUUGAAGGUGAAAAUAAAGAUCUACGUCAUAAUAUUGCUGAAUUACAGAUUCAAUCUAAUGAGAAAUUGGAUCUUGGUAAUGGUAUCUCCAAUGAUUCAACCCAAAAACAAGUUGAUUCAGAGAGCUUAAUGAAAGCUAAGACUAUUGUAGAGGAUAACGUUAAAGAUAUAAUACACCUUUUGAAUUCUCCCAGUGUGCUUUCACAGUUUGAUUCCUUAAAUGGAAGAAAGGCCCCAGUUCAUGAAAUGGAAAAUCUUUCAAUAAACAAAGAUAAUAAUACAAAAUCUAUGGUACCUGAAUCGUUAUUUAACAAUAAACCUAAAUCACCAAUUGGAGGUUCUCAAAGUAGUGCUAGUUAUUCAGUAUCUGGCCAAUUUGAAAAUAUGGUUAACAUUUCAAACAAUAAACAAUUUUUAAGUGUUUUUAAAAAUAAUAUACUUGUCACCCUUGAUGAUAAAUUGAAAUUGUUUCAUAUUGAUGAAGAAGCUCAAUGUAAUGAUACAGGGUUAACCAUUGAUCUGUUGAAUACAGAUUUAGUGAAGGGAAUGUUUUGGUUAAGUAGUGAAUUCAUUAUGAUCCUUGAUAAUAAUGGCAUAAAAGUUUGGUCAUCAAUUCAACAAAAAAUCAUUAAUGAAAUUAACAUAUUCCAAGAGAGUGGGAAGGGUAAAAAUGAAAUUGUUUACGGUAAGAUUAAGACUGUUGAUUUUAAGAAUAAAUGGUUGUUGAUGACAAUCGAAGAUCAUGUUCAGAUCCUUGAAUUAGAAGAUAUGAAAGAUCCUCAUAUGAUGUCUAUCAAGACAAGUUAUAUAAUCAAUUCUAAUAACAUUUUGGACGUAUUAUUAGGUAUCACAGAGAUGUCCUUUAUAGUACUUGCAAAGAAUCCAUUGGCUCUAGUAAUUUAUGAUUUUGAUGGUGAAAUUUUACAAAGCAUUAAAUUAGAUAAAGAAAUUACUGAUAAGAUUAAUACAAAAUCAGGAAAAUUAUAUUUAAACAAAGAAAGUUCAAAACUAAUAAUUCAAUUAGGGAAACAUUUAAUAUUCUAUUCAUUUGAUCAAAAACGUGUCACAUUACAAUUUACAUUGAAUAGUGAGCCAAAAUCAAUGUAUUUCAGAUAUGCGACAGAUACCGUAGGAAUAGCAUAUGAUGAUGGCACUGUUGAACUUCGAGAGUUGCCAAAUUUUGCUAAUGUAAUAAAGAAAUACGUUCAUAAUCCCGAAAAUGGAAAAGCCAACAAGAACAAUAUCGUUAUCGAGGCAACAAAAAUAAGUAAUUUCGAAACAAUCUUAUUAUCAUUGAGUGAGAACGUAUUGAAACUAGAGGCCUUUGAAGAGAAACCAUGA